AUGGUGACCAUGCUGUUGCUCCUGGCCACUCUGGCUGGUCUCUUCACUACAGCCAAAGGACAAAGCUUCCAUCUUGGGAAAUGCCCGUCUCCUCCGGUGCAAGAGAAUUUUGAUGUGAAUAAGUAUCUUGGAAGAUGGUACGAAAUUGAGAAGAUCCCAGCGAGCUUUGAGAAAGGAAACUGCAUUCAAGCCAACUACUCGCUGAUGGAGAACGGAAACAUCAAAGUGCUAAACAAGGAGUUGAGACCUGAUGGAAUGGUGAACCAAGUUAAGGGUGAAGCCAAACAGAGCAACGUUUCAGAGCCAGCCAAGCUGCAAGUCCAGUUCUCUGCACUGAUGCCACCGGCACCCUACUGGAUCCUGGCCACCGACUAUGAGAACUAUGCCCUCGUGUACUCCUGCACUACCUUCUUAUGGCUCUUCCACGUGGAUUAUGUUUGGAUCCUGGGAAGAAAUCCUUACCUCCCUCCAGAAACAAUAAGCUCCCUAAAAUAUAUCCUUACUUCUAAUGACAUCGACAUCGACAAAAUGACAAUAACAGAUCAAGCGAACUGCCCGGACUUCCUGUAA